AUGCAAACACGUCUUAUCCUGGAUAAACUCGGGCAAGCGGAGUUCGAUAGGCUCGUGGAUCACGUCGCACCUACGGACCCCUCGUCUAUGACUACAGAAGUUCUCAUUACGACACUAAAGGAACUCUUCCGCGACAAGAUUCCCCUCACCCGCCGUCUCAUCGAGAUUCUCAAUUAUCGUUACGAUAGAUCGACGCCGAUCACGGAACAUCUAGAUCGAAUCAACCGGCACGCAGCCGACUUCGACCGUUCCAAUCUGACUGACGAUAAUCUCCGCAUACUUCUGCUGUUACAAUCGUUCUGUUUUUCCGCAGAUAACGACGAAUUGAAGAGAAUCGCGCUUCGCGUCGUCGAAAAGAAUCAAGCCGCGUCUCUCAAGGAUGUCGUCGCUGAGCUCGAAGCUUACCUUAACGUCGCUUCGGGACUAAAAACUCUAGAGAACCCGACAAAACAUUCUCAAGUGGCAGUGUUAAACGUUGCGCAUUCUAAAAAUAAGGGCAAAGUGGCGCCCAAACGGAAGUCUCCGCCGGAAGCCGACACGUCGAAAGCCCAGCCAUCUUCCGCAACUAAAAAGGGCAAUGGCGGUGCUCAUCCACGAGCAAAGUGUCCGUUCCGCGAAGCAGUGUGCCACAAGUGUUCGGGCAAGGGCCACAUCGCAAAGGUAUGUCGCUCAAACGGCUCCUCUCAGGAACAGCCCGAAUCUUCCGCGAAAGCUAAAAGUGUCGUAUCACAAUCACUUUCCGCGGUCGGUAAACGCAGACGCCAUUACGUGAACGUAUUCUUGCUCGGCAAAUCAGUGUCUCUACAAUACGAUACCGGCUCAGACGUUACGGCACUCGGUCGUGAAGGAAAAAUACAUAUUGACGUCGCGUCGCGCAACGGAGUUAACCUAUUCGGUCUCAACGCUAUAGACAGUCUCAACUUGUGGACAGUACCGCUAGCCGAGCUACGUCCGAGUAGCCCCGCGUCAGACUUACAGUGUGCAUCUUCGCAGUCAUCACUAAAGUCGUCAAACGUAAAUUCAACCCGCGAACAGCCAUCUAGGCUCGCGAGCAGUGACAAUCACGAAGUCACAUCGCAACAUAACGUUUAUUUAGAGAAUGUCCUCAAACGCUUCCCGGUAUUAUUCUCCAAAGAAUUGGGAAGGUGUCGUAAUUUCAAAGUAAAGUUUUUCACUUCCGACGACGCUCGUCCGAGACAGAUUCCAUGUCGACAGAUCCCCUAUGCCAUGGAAAGCCUUCUUGCCGAAGAAUUACAACGACUCGAAGAAAACGACAUUAUCGAGCCUAUGGUAAUCUCCAACUGGACAUCGCCUAUGGUCAUCGUGAAGAAACGGAAUGGUAAACUCCGUCUAUGCGUGGAUUAUUCCACAAGUGUCAACCAGGCCCUACACGACAACAAGUUUAAACGCCUUCCGUUUGGUAUCAAAACCGCACCAGCAAAUUUCCAACAGGCUAUAGAUUCUACACUCGCCGGCCUCGAAGGAGUGAAUACUUACAUCGAUGACGUCAUAGUCAGAGGUUCUACUCGCCAGGAGCAUGACGAACGCCUAAGGAAGACUCUCCAACGCCUACAGGAUCAAGGAUGGAGACUGAGUGCCGAAAAAUGCCGCUUCUCACUGGAAGAAAUCAAAUACCUGGGAUUGAUCAUCAACGCACAGGGCAUAUCACCCGAUCCAGACGCUACUACCGCCAUCGCAAACAUGCCUAAACCCACCUCCGUUGCAGAGGUUCAGAGUUUCUUAUAG